AUGGCUUUAGCACUGUUGCCAUUAGACAAAGUUCAAUUAGCAUUUGAUGAUUUACGUACAAAAUCAUCAGAAAAUACCAAACAAACGCUACAUCAAUUAUUUUUAUAUUUCGAGAAUCAAUGGAUGAAAAAUAUUCCAUUAGUACUUUGGAAUGCCAAUGGAUAUAGUCAUCGUACGAAUAACAUCUGCGAAGGUUUCCACAACCGUCUGAACCACCGUCUUCAAAGAUCACAUUCAAAUAUUUGGUCUUUUAUCAAAUGUCUCCAAGGUGAAGAAGCAAAAUUUCGACAUACGUUAUUACAAACUAAUGCUGGUGCUCAAGGUCGCUCAAAAGCUGCAACUACAACUGCAAUACAACAACGUAUUAAUACUUUAAACGAACGUUAUGCAAAUAAUGAAAUUGUCCUUAAUGAAUUAUUAGAUGGUUUGUCGUUAACAGUAGCAAAACAAAGCAAAUAA